AUGUGUGCAACAAAAUAUUUACAAGUCGCGAAGAAAUAUGUGGAAAUGUGCAACAAAUCAAAAAACUUCAUGCAAUUUGCAGGAGGAGUAAGCUUUUUGCGUCCAAUUUCGGUUUCUGAAGGUCGUGUGAAAGUGGAAUUCGAAGUAACGCCUGCUAUGACGAAUCCAUGGGGUGGCCUCCACGGAGGUUGCACGGCCACCCUGGUCGAUGUCGUUACAACUCUGGCUUGUUUAGUGACUCCACGAGGAAAGCCCGGAGUUAGCGUAGACCUACAUGUGACAUACUUGGCAGCAAUUCGAGAAGGCGAUACCGUAAUAAUGGAUGCUGAAGUUAUCAAAGCAGGCAAAACUUUAGCAUUCACAAGAGCUGACGUUAUCCUUAAAGAGGGUAACCGCAUUGCUGCGACUGGUCUUCACACAAAAGCAUUCCCACCAGAAAAGUAA